AUGAUCCCCUUCUUGAACAUCUACUUUGAACUGGUGGGAAUAACGCCGCAUGAGUACUCCUCCUUUCCGGCACUCCUCUGUGUCGCCUGUGAAACAGAAAUGGUGCGAGCGUAUCAAUUCCGUGAGAUGUGCAUCGAAACGGAGGACAAAUUGAAGAGCAUGCUGAAUGAUGAAGCCGAGGACACGAAAGCCAUAGAAUUUGUGGUUGAAGACCUGGAAAAUGGGCAGAAACUCACUGUUAUUGCCAGUGAUAUGUCACAGAAAAUGUGUAAAAAAUGGAAAGACUUCCAGAAGAAGUUUCCGCCUGAGAGAGUGAAACAGCUAGAAAAGAAAACCAUACAAUGCAAGCGAUGUGAUUGUUUUUACAAGGGUCUGGAUCUGUUUAAGGUUCACAAGUGUUUCGAGGAGUCCCAGGAGGACUUUCUCACUGAAGAACUUGUGUCGGAAAUCAAAAUCGAGCCGGAAACUUGUGCCCCGGUUGUGGAGAAUGUGGUAAUCAAGCCUGUCAAGAGGAAAUACAGGACGAAAGAGGAAAGAACACAGAGUAAAACAGUAAAUAAGAGGAUAUACAAAUGCGACCUUUGCCAGAUGACAUUCAAACACAUUCAAACUUAUAAUCGACACAAGGAUAGGCAUGAGAAUUUCCAUCGAUAUCCGUGCAAGUAUUGCGAUAAGAAAUUCGACGCUUGGACUCCGAGAAGGACUCACAUCUACCGGAAGCACCUCAAGACGUUCUUCUGUUUCUGUGAUCAGUGCGGAAAGGGUUUCUACACCAAAUACGCGCUGCGAGUGCACAUCCAGAAGGAUCAUCUGAAGGUGAAGUUUCAGUGCGAGGUUUGCGGCAAGACGCUGGUGAGCAAAGGAUCCCUGCUGGAGCACAGAAGCAUACACAAUUCGAAGAAGUUGAGUUGCAAAAUUUGCGGGAAGCAGCUCAACACGCGCACCACGCUGAAUCAGCACGUGAAGACGCAUUCCGGCGAGAAGAACUACAUUUGUCCUGUGUGUUCGCGCGGAUUUACCUGCAAUCAUUCCCUGAAGGUUCACGUGCGCAAGCUGCAUCCGGACGAUGUGCACCUCUUGCCACCGGAUGGAACAAUCAAUAAUCAGAAAUUCUUGAAAAUGCUCGCUGAAAAGGAUGAAUAA